UGCGCCGAAGAAUACGUGGACGUCCAAUUGAAGUCUCUUGGCGGGGCGGUGCGCGGGCGCUCAACUUACACGGGAGCGGUCUACACGUUCUUCGGCAUCCCGUACGGUGGCGACACAAGCGGCGGCAACCGCUUCCGGCUGCCCAAUAACAAGACAAAUUUCGGUGGUGGCCAGGUCUUCCACGCUUACCAGCAUGGACCAUGGUGCCCGCAAGACGUGGCCACAUUGCAGAAUUCUAGCGAGGACUGUCUCACCCUGUCAAUUUGGGCCCCCGAUACAGUGCAACCCGACUGCAACUUCGUUUGUUGUCCUGGUGGUGCUGUCUUCGGAUUGGUUUCAGAGAGGUCACGCCAAACAGAACGAGGCAAUGUGGGAGGCACUGGCAGUGUCCGGCCGCCUAAUCGUUGUCUUCAUCCAUCACCGACUGGGAGUGCUUGGGUUCUUGGACGCGGGAACCAAGGACAGCCCUGGAAACCAAGGUAUCGUAGAUGCAUUUCUAGCGCUGGACUGGAUCAUGGAUAACAUCGAAGCAUUCAACGGAGACCCCACCUCUCUCGUUGGCUUCGGCCAUGGUUCCGGCUCUUACAUUGCGUCUCUGGACCUGUACGCCGCGACAUUGCGCAGGAGACGCUUCUUUAAGCGCCUCAUUCUUCUCGGCCUCUCACCGGCGUCCCUGCUGCCUCGAGGUGGAGCUGCUGCACUCGGUCCGCUUGCGCAGGGGCUCCAGUGCCACAAGGGAAACGAUAUCGGCGCGAGCAUCUCGUGUCUUAGGGGCGUUCCGCUGGCGAAGAUUUACGCGGAGACGGCCAAGGAGGCGCCCCUAACGUUCAUGCCAAGUUGCGGCAAGCCUCCUGUUGGGGAUUGCCAGGACUCGUUCUCGGAAUUUCCACCUGAAUUUCUCCACAAGGAGAUGCUCUGCGGGUAUGACAAGGAGGAAGGCUAUAAACUCUUUGACCAAUUUGUUCUGCAGGAGCCGCCCACUUCGAAAGACCCUUCGACAGUGUUUGGCUUGCUGCAGAAAUUUUUCACCCGACAGCAACCGAGGCACACGUUUGGUAGCCUGUCACCUGAUACACAGAUGGCACUCAACCAAUCUGACCUGCAGGCAUUCAGGGACUUGGUCGUCGAUAUGGUUCUUCGAUGCCCUCUUCUGGGACUUGCCCGCGCAGCAGUUCUCAGAGGCUCACGUGUGUACCUCUACGCAUCGGAUGGGCCAAACAUUGUUUUCGAGCCAGCACUCACGAAGGCGGACAUCAUAGAUUUUGCAAAAACCGGGUGA